UUCUACGAGUUGGUUAGAUGUCAUCUAAUAUUUGCAGUGUUGUUUCAGACUUCAUUCAAGAAUCUUUCUUUCAGCUUUGAAUUUCUCAUUUAAUAUUUGCAGUGUUAUUCCAGACUUUAUCCGAGAAUUUUUCUUUCAGCUUUGAAGAAAAACUUCAAUCGGACCUUUUACUCUGCUGAUCCACAUUUCGUGUCUGAGAUCUUACGUUGUUACGACAAGUGUUAUCUCCUGGAAGUUGGAAGUUACGAGGAUGCUGUAUCAGUAUUCCAGAUUAUCAAGCGAAAAAACUGCUGGAAUCCAAAUCAGAAGAUCUUCCUCUUCUCAUCAAUCAUUCCUGCCAAUCUGUCUGAUCAAUUCUUCCAUUUGAUCAGUCUCAUACACAAGAACGUACUUAGUAAUGUUAUAACCAUGCUACCUAGCGUAAAAAAUGCACCCGAUCUUCGGGUAUACCAAUGGGCAUCAGAAGUCAACGAGAAAUGUAGCAACACCAAGUACCCACAUUUUUUCAGUUGUCGAUUUGGUAACAUAUCAGGUCUUCAAGAACGGUUCAAAGGUACUUCUGUUUGUUCAUUGAAAGUUAAGGCCAUUGUAUGGCCUCCUUUUAUUCUCUACAAAGGUGAAACUCUUUCAACCUCCAACAUUGAACCAGUUGAAAAACAUCUAAUGGGUGGUGUAGAAGUGGAACUGAUGAAUUUGUUAUCAGAGAAGUUGGGAAUAAAUGUUGAAUAUUUCCCAUCGUAUAAAGAAGAUUGGGGUAGAUCCUUCUUCAACGGUAGUACAACUAAAUCUAUGCAGGAGCUCACAACUGGACAUAUUGAUAUAGUAAUAGGUUCACUAACAGCGACUAUGUCUAGGUAUCUUCUUUUCGCAAUAAGCUCAUCUUACAUUGAUGAGGCACUGAUAUGCUGUGCACCUUUUGAUGAUAGUUUCGUCUUCAACUUUAUCUUUGAAGUAGAUGUUAUAAUUUUAUGCAUUCUUGUAUUGAUAACAUUUUUGAUUUGGUUCACAACAAAAUUCGAUAAAAACGAAUUACAGAUUUAUAAAAGGUGGCCUACAAUCUUCCUGAAUAAUUUCGCAGCCAUGUUUGGAAAUUCUGUUAGUAGUUUCCCAAGGACUAAAAGAGUGCGAAUUCUUUUUUUAAUGAUAAUUAUAUUUGAGCUCUUUUAUAUGGCUUUUUACCAGUCUUUAUUGACAAGUAAUUUAUCUAACAGAAAUCUCAAUCAAGUAAUAAAAUCAGGGGACGAUAUCCUCGACAAAAACAUGAAUAUCUACUCCCAUCCAGAAAACCGCCGCUUUAUUGAGGGUCCAAAGGAUGAAAUCACAAAAAAAAUAUCGAAACUUUGGAUUAACUGUGAGAAUGCUAUAAAAUGUUUGAAUUAUUCGUAUGAAAGUAAAAGAGGAGUUGUCUGUCAUGGAAAAAAUUAUAUGAAUUACAUCCUUCAAAAUCAUCGAGGAAGAGGUCGACCAUUUUAUUGCUUAAGACGUAAGUUUAUUUCUUAUCCCGUGGUUAUGGUUAUGCGCAAAACCAUUCCUUUCAAGAAGAAGAUAGAUAAAAUAAUAGGAAGAGCUUUAGCUUCAGGUCUUGUGGAUAAAUGGAUGUUGUCCUUGUUUUACAACAGCACCAAAGUGUCUUUCAUCACGCCAAAAAAGUUACUUGGCAUAUUGGGAUUUUCAGAUUUAGAAUCUUUUUUCUCCAGUAUAAUAAUUUAUUGGGUAUUUGCUUGCUUAGUUUUUAUGAUAGAGAAAUUAUUUCAUUAUUUAUUAGAGUUCACAUCAGGAAAGAGACGUGUUCACAUCUGCUCUGAUGAGAAAAGUAGAGGAGGGAGUUCUAAUGAUUGAAUUUAAUUUGCCGAAAAAUUUUCGUGUGUGGUUGUGCUGUUAUUUCUAAAUAUAUAGUUCAUUUCUCCACGUUUUCCAGUUUUGUAUCAUCUAUAUGUAUCGAUUCUUCGACGUUACUCAUUAUUUUGGUCUUUGCGGUUUUUUCAAACCGAUCUUUUUCGAAGAAUCAUUUAAUUGUUUUAUUACGUUGCUCAAAUCUUGUAUACGACUACUCAUUAUCGAAGGUUAUUCAGAUAGGAUCCGUCGAUAUUUAUGCCUUUUGAAAAUGUUCUCUGAAGCUAGACUGAAACAUUUUGGAGAUAUUCGCCCUGACAUACUACCCUAUUCACUUUGAUCUUUUCUGUUUUUAAAUCUUCGUUUAUCGUAACGGGAAAGGUGGCGUCUUUAUACUUGGCUUUCAAGAAGUUUGUUUACCAUGCAUCUAUUCUACCGUCGUCCAUAACUUGUAGGAAGAGGGAUCAAUAGAAUCGAACGCUUUGUUAUGUUAUAUUCCCUUGUCUUUUUUAUCAAUAUUCUAAUUACUUGUAGCUAUUCUAUAGUGCUGGAACCUUUUUUAUUCUACCGGCUGGUAUGCGUU